AUGGAAGCUCUCAUACCUGUUAUAAACAAAUUACAAGAUGUAUUUAAUACUGUCGGUGCUGAUGCCAUCCAAUUACCUCAAAUAAUAGUUUUAGGAACACAGAGUUCUGGUAAAAGUUCCGUGAUAGAAAGUCUUGUUGGGCGAUCAUUUUUACCCCGUGGGCCAGGUAUUGUUACUCGGCGCCCGCUUAUUCUACAAUUAGUGUACAGCCCUAAAGACAGUAAAGAUCAUCGUUCAGCUGAAGAAGGCACAGUGAACUUAGAAGAAUGGGGCAAAUUCCUCCACACGAAAGAGAAGAUAUACGACGACUUCGAUCAAAUUCGUCAGGAAAUAGAGCGAGAGACAGACCGCAUGGCUGGCAGCAACAAAGGCAUAUGUCCAGAGCCAAUUAAUUUAAAAAUAUACUCUACGAGAGUUGUAAAUCUAACAUUAGUCGAUCUUCCUGGUAUUACAAAGGUACCAAUAGGUGAUCAGCCAGAAGACAUUGAGAAUCAAAUUAGAAAUCUCAUUAUCAAACACAUAUCAAAUCCAAACUCAAUAAUCCUGGCAGUAACUGCUGCAAAUACCGACAUGGCUACCAGUGAAGCAAUAAAGAUGGCGAAAGAAGUGGACCCUGAUGGCCGAAGGACUUUGGCUGUAGUCACGAAACUAGAUCUUAUGGAUGCGGGAACUGAUGCUAUCGAUAUUCUGUGUGGACGUGUUAUCCCCGUGAAACUGGGCAUCAUUGGUGUCGUCAACCGAUCGCAGCAAGACAUCAUAGAUAAAAAGACUAUUUCGGAUUCACUUAAAGACGAAGCUACAUACCUUCAGCGGAAGUAUCCAACUAUAGCGACGCGGAACGGUACCCCGUACUUGGCAAAGACCCUAAACAGGUUGCUCAUGCACCAUAUAAGGGAUUGCUUGCCUGAACUUAAGGUGCGUGUUAAUGUCAUGAUAUCUCAAUUUCAAUCUUUGCUCAAUUCAUAUGGCGAUGAUGUUUCCGAUAAGUCUCAGACGCUUUUGCAAAUAAUUACGAAGUUCGCAAGUGCCUACUGUUCCACUAUAGAAGGCACUGCAAGAAAUAUUGAAACCACGGAACUGUGCGGUGGAGCAAGGAUUUGCUACAUAUUCCAUGAAACAUUUGGAAGGACUUUAGAUUCUAUUCAUCCAUUAGUGGGUCUCACUAGAAUGGACAUACUGACGGCUAUCCGUAAUGCGACGGGUCCAAGACCUGCGCUAUUUGUGCCCGAGGUUUCAUUUGAAUUACUAGUCAAAAGACAAAUCAGAAGAUUGGAAGAUCCAUCGCUACGGUGUGUCGAAUUGGUGCACGAGGAGAUGCAGCGCAUAGUGCAGCACUGCGGCACCGAGGUGCAGCAGGAGAUGCUGCGCUUCCCGCGCCUGCACCAGCGCAUCGUGGACGUCGUCACGCAGCUGCUGCGCACGCGCCUGCCCGCCACCAACUCCAUGGUGGAAAACUUGGUCGCAAUUGAACUCGCAUACAUCAACACGAAGCAUCCAGACUUCCAUAGAGAAGCAGCUUUGGUCUCCGGUCUUUUGAAAAGCACAGAUGGUCUCAUAGAAGACCAUAGCCCAGUUUACAGACAGAAGACUCCUCGGCCAACAUCCACGCCGGUAUCAGCAAUGUUCAAACAUGUGCCAGCAAUCACAGAUGGGCAAGAGAAUAAAUCACCACCUCAAAAUUCUAACGGUGAAUCUCCUUUCGGUCUACAGUUAAAUGGAACAGCAGAGAAUAAAGCGCUCACACCCCAGAAACCAGUCAAUUUACUACCUGAAGUGCCUAAUCAAACAUCCAGGAAGCUUUCUGAUCGUGAACAGCAUGACUGUGACGUUAUUGAGAGAUUGAUAAAAUCCUAUUUCUAUAUCGUGCGCAAGUCAAUUCAAGACUCCGUACCGAAGGCUGUAAUGCACUUCCUUGUGAACUAUGUGAAGGAUAACCUGCAGUCAGAACUUGUGACUCACCUGUACAAGUCGGACCAAGCGGAGAGUUUACUGAACGAGUCAGAACACAUUGCUCAGAGGAGAAAGGAAGCUGCCGAUAUGCUUAAGGCAUUACAACGCGCUGGUCAAAUCAUAAGCGAGAUAAGGGAAACACACAUGUGGUGA